AAUACCCCCUAUAGGUUGUGUAAAUUCAGCUGAAUUUUACGCAUUCUUUACUGCUUGCUCUUUGGAGGCGGCAUUUUAAAAUUUUGCCUCUUGGCCGCCGAAGGCACGAGUGGUAAUCGAGCGUUCAUAAGUACACAAGCCACGAGUACAACAUAACACACGAGUUUCGAGGUGUGGGAGCGAUCUCACAAAUUCUCCUCAAUAUGUCGUCUUACUUGAGCGCUGUGUCCGUUUCUAACUUGAAGAACCUCUUCCCUACAAAAACACACUUCUUUAUAUUUAUAGGAUACAUGGCUCUUUUUAUAAAUCAAGGAAUACUCGUCACUGCUACAAAAGACAAGAACAAUCGCUAUCAUUACAAUACUACCACUGUUGUGUUAUUCACGGAAGUUGUCAAGCUAUUUGCGGCCUGUUUUCUGCAAUUACAAGAGUCGACCCCCCGUGAGUUUCUCACGCACAUCAAAGACAAUAUCAAAGUGUUGGGCCUGUAUCUGAUUCCUGCCUUCUUGUAUUGCCUGUACAACAACUUGGCAUUUGUGAAUCUGGGUGCUUAUGACCCAACUACUUACUACUUGCUGCUGCAGUUCCGUGUUGUUGUGACAGGGGUGAUUUUCCAGUGUCUGUUCAGCAAGCAAUUGAGUCGUAUUCAGUGGGUCUCCCUACUUCUUCUCACUGCUGGAUGUAUCGUCAAGCAACUCAACUUUAACACCAUGUCCUCUGGCCUCUCCCUAAAGCUAGACUACAAUCUAGUGCUCAUCCUUGUUCAAGUCUUCUGCUCAUGCUUUGCCGGGGUCUACAACGAGUACCUCCUAAAGGGGCGCAGUGGCGACGCCCCUAUCAUGGUGCAGAAUGUCUUUAUGUAUGUUGAUUCCAUACUGUGUAACAUCCUAGUCCUCGUCUAUGGCGGGUCACUACAGGAAGCCUUCACCAAAGAGAGCCUGCUGUCUAUCAUGCAGUUCAAAGUGCUUGGGAUCAUAGCCAACAACGCAGGGAUCGGAAUCGUCACCUCUCUGUUCCUCAAACGCCUGAAUUCCAUUCUCAAGACAUUUGCAAGUGCCCUAGAGCUUAUGUUUACCGCAGUGUUAGCCUGGAUUAUUUUCGGCAUCCCAAUCAACAUCCUGACAUUCGUUGCAAUCGUCAUAGUCUCCUAUGCCACUAUAUUGUACUCUCAGAACCCUGUAGACAACACAAAGCCAGAGCCGGCUGCUGAGAAGUUGGCCAAAGAUGCAGUUUUUAUUUUCAAUGUCAGAAAGCACGAAUCCAGAGGCUACAGAGAAAGUGUGAUGGGUAGAACCACUUGGGCCGAUGCGACGUACUCAUCUUUUUACAUGAAGCACUACAGGAUGCAACAGAUAUUUAGAUUAUAACAAACAGACAAAUGACAGAUUAUAACCUAUCUAUAAACUUGUAUGGCCUUAUAUCCAUAGAGACUUUUUGGGGCAAGGGUAGGAGUUUGUAGAGAAAAACCGCAGGUCUUUUGUCUCAUCCUCCAAUUUCAUGCAGGACACCGCUUACUCAAACUCGGAUAGCUGGAAUUAUCCCUGAUAAUUACCCUACCCCGGGUGUUACGAACAGGGCCGUAGCAGGAUAAUUACCUUACCAGGGUGUUACGAGCAGGGCCGUAGCAGGAUAAUUACCUUACCCCGGGUGUUACGAACAGGGCCGUAGCAGGAUCAUUACCUUACCCCCGGUGUUACGAACAGGGCCGUAGCAGGAUAAUUUCCUUACCCCGGGUGUUACGAACAAGGCCGUAGCAGUAUUAUUACCUUACCUCGGGUGUUACGAACAGGGCCGUAGCAGGAUAAUUAUCUUACCCCGGGUGUUACGAACAGGGCCGUAGCAGGAUAAUUACCUUACCCCGGGUGUUACGAACAGGGCCGUAGCAGGAUAAUUACCUUACCCGGGUGUUACGAGCAGGGCCGUAGCAGGAUAAUUACCUUACCCCGGGUGUAACGAACAGGGCCGUAACAGGAUCAUUACCUUACCCCCGGUGUUACGAACAGGGCCGUAGCAGGAUAAUUUCCUUACCCCGGGUGUUACGAACAAGGCCGUAGCAGUAUAAUUACCUUACCUCUGGUGUUACGAACAGGGGGUUUAGCAGGAUAAUUAUCUUACCCCGGGUGUUACGAACAGGGCCGUAGCAGGAUAAUUACCUUACCCCGGGUGUUACGAACAGGGCCGUAGCAGGAUAAUUUCCUUACCCCGGGUGUUACGAACAAGGCCGUAGCAGGAUAAUUACCUUACCCCGGGUGUUACGAACAGGGCCGUAGCAGUAUAAUUACCUUACCCCGGGUGUUACGAACAGGGCCGUAGCAGGAUAAUUACCUUACCCCGGGUGUUACGAACAGGGCCGUAGCAGGAUAAUUUCCUUACCCCGGGUGUUACGAACAGGGCCGUAGCAGGAUAAUUACCUUACCCCGGGUGUUACGAACAGGGCCGUAGCAGGAUAAUUACCUUACCCCCGGUGUUACGAACAUGGCCGUAGCAGGAUAAUUUCCUUACCCUGGGUGUUACGAACAGGGCCGUAGCAGGAUAAUUACCUUACCCCGGGUGUUACUAACAGGACCGUAGCAGGAUAAUUACCUUACCCCGGGUGUUACGAACAGGACCGUAGCAGGAUAAUUACCUUACCCCGGGUGUUACGAACAGGACCGUAGCAGGAUAAUUACCUUACCCCGGGUGUUACGAACAGGGCCGUAGCAGGAUAAUUUCCUUACCCCGGGUGUUACGAACAGGGCCGUAGCAGGAUAAUUACCUUACCCCGGGUGUUACGAACAGGGCCGUAGCAGUAUAAUUACCUUACCUCUGGUGUUACGAACAGGGGGUUUAGCAGGAUAAUUAUCUUACCCCGGGUGUUACGAACAGGGCCGAAGCAGUAUAAUUACCUUACCUCGGGUGUUACGAACAGGGCCGUAGCAGGAUAAUUACCUUACCCCGGGUGUUACGAAUAGGGCCGUAGCAGGAUAAUUACCUUACCCCCGGUGUUACGAACAGGGCCGUAGCAGGAUAAUUUCCUAACCCCGGGUGUUACGAACAGGGCCGUAGCAGGAUAAUUACCUUACCCCGGGUGUUACGAACUGGGCCUUAGCAGGAUAAUUACCUUACCCCGGGUGUUACGAACAGGGCCGUAGCAGGAUAAUUACCUUACCCCGGGUGUUACGAACAGGGCCGUAGCAGGAUAAUUUCCUUACCCCGGGUGUUACGAACAGGGCCGUAGCAGGAUAAUUACCUUACCCCGGGUGUUACGAACAGGGCCGUAGCAGGAUAAUUACCUUACCCCGGGUAAGGGCCGUAGCAGGGGUUGGGGAUUGUGAGGCAAGUAACCUCCCCACCCCGCCUUUCCUUCAAAUGUGCCAUCGAAACUGCCUGCUUCAGCUCUGACCUAAUUUGAAUAAGGUAAUAAUCUUAAAAGGUCAUAUAAGGUUAUUUAUUAUAAGAGAAAUGUAAUUUUCUUUACGUGCCUACAUUGAGUUUUGAAACCC